AUGAGUCUUGAAGAAUUUGAUGCAUUCACAUCCUUAAAAGCAUUAAGAGAUUUGAAAAAGUAGAUUGAAGCAAAAGCCUAAGUAGACUAGAAAUCAAAAGCUGCAUUACAAUAUAUAUAGAAAGCACAACCUUUAAGUUAAUACGAUUUGAGAAUACAAUUUUAGCAUUGGCUAGCAAAAUUAGGAGAUUUAAGCACUAAAUAAAUUGCUUAUACUAAUAUAUUUUAAUUGGUCUAAUAAAACUAAUCCUAACCGAAUCUAUAAUUAUUAAUAACUUGUCUUUAAACACCAAUAAAUGGCAAAGGAAGUGAAAGCAUCAUCAAAACUAUUAACAUUAUUGUAGGAAUUUAUGGAGAUACUAUUUCUGUUACAGACAUUUAUAAAUUUAUAGAAAUUAUGCUUAAAUACUUUAAUGUAUGUAAUAAAGAUAAUUCUUAGGAUUCUAAUAAUAAUGUUUAGAUGGCAAUUAGUGAAUGUUGGUCAAAUAUUUAUAUCAAAAAUAUAUCCAAAAAGCCAGUUUAAUAAAGAGUAUUGUUGAUGUAUUCAACUCUAAGUUAAUUAAUUGGAUCUGGAGGUAGUAGACAAACAUAAGAAACUGCUACCAUUGUCUUAUCAUAAUUAUUUGAAACAUUAACUACUGCUUAAGAUUUAUCAUUCAUAAAGGAUGUUGUCAAAGAUUAUUUAGGAAUUUAUUUGGUAUUUAUUAAAUUAACAAGAAAUAACAAAUAGAUCAUUCUGGAUUUUAUACUAUUAUGUUCUAUAUUUUAAAAACAUUAUAAAUAUAAAGUUUUACAAGUUAGUAAAUCCAAGUUAUCGAUAAGACUCUUUAAGGAAUUAAUAAUUAAAAACUAAAUUAUAGAGUAAUAAUUAAUAAAUCAUUUUAUUUUAGACUAGAGUAGGAGCAUUAAAUCUAAUGAAAUUAAUUGCUACUCAGUAUUAGAAUUCUAAUUUCAAAAUUGCCUUAGGAAAUUUACAUGAAUAAGUUAUCAUUGUAUUAGAAGAUUCAACAAGAGAUAGAGUUAUUGCAGUUUAAAAUGCUGCUAGAACAGCUCUUAAAGAAUGGAUGAGACUUAAAUUAUAAGUUGAUUGUGAAUUAAUUCCUAAUCCUGUUUCUCUUGAUUAAUCUCCUGGUUUCUUAAAAAAAUAAAGUGGAUCUGGAGGAGGACAAGUUUAUGUUAAUCAAAAAAUAUCAAAUUAAUAAUAAUUUAAAUAAGAUAUUAAGUAAGCAUUAAUUGAAGAUUAAUUUGAAAAUACUGUUGAUUAUUCUAAUAUUGUUCAUGAACCUAAUCUUAAUGUAUGGUAAAAGGCUAUGAGACUUUAAUAAGAUGGAUUAUUAGAAGAUGCUGUUGAAUUAUUACUACAUGAAGGUGAUGAUCUAUAUUUAAUCAGAUUUUUGAUGAGUUACAAAAAUUACUCUCAAUUAUUUGAUCAUCUUUCAAAUUCUUUAGCAUUAAGAUUAAUUGACACUUUAAUAUUAAUCUUAGAAUCUGAUUUCCUUAACAUUUUAUGUUUAGAUUUCAUUCAAUAAUUUAUUGAUUGUGGAUUGGGAGAUUGGUUUAAAGACACUGAUUUUACAGAUUAUUUAGAAUAUAACACUGAAUAAAACUUGCCCUCAACUCCUUUAUGUAAAAAAGUUAGAGACUAAUUGAAGUGA